AGAACCCCGAUAGACGCCAGAAUGAGAGAGCCUGGUCUGAGUUGAGAAUGAUCGGGAUUAGCACAAGUUCUAAGGUGUCACUACGGGGAACAUCGAAGGUGCACACGAAGUGAGCAUGGGAGACAGUCCACGAGACACGACGGUGAUGCACGCCUUGGCUAUUCAAUUCUCCUUGGGAAGCUCGGAUGCCAUGCUGUUCAAGCGACCCAUUGGUAUGGUAUGUAGAACACGAAGCCGUUCGCUUCGUAACGGUAAACCACGAGCCUUCGCGGAAGAACUCUGGGUUCUAUAAAUUACAGACAUAUCCUGCCAAUGCGAACCUCACCGGCGAAAUAUCUAUCAGAGCGCACUGUUGCCGCGUCCCAAAGAACUUGAAAAUGGAAGCAUUUUUGCCAUCUACAAUCACACAAUUAUUCUAUUCCAGACGAGUGAGUGACAAGAUGACCACGGAAUCUGGAGUGUCCUUGGUUAGUCGACGCAUGCGUGGAGCGACCCUCUCGCGGUGAACACGUAGGAAUUUAGCGCCCCUUUUUGGGCGCCAAAUGAUCUUCGGAAAGAAAAGAAUUGCGGAGAGUAGAAUCCGGGCAGACUCCCCGGGCCGGAGCUUGGUAGUAGAUCGGGAAAAACUCACUCAGAUGUUGGGAUUGGACUCUUG